AUGGCAGGUUAUCGUUCGUUGCCAUUAGCACCAGUUUCAGCAACAACAGUAUCGGCUACUGCAGUUGCAGCUGCAGCACCGCCUACCGGACCUACCAUGUACCAUCAUCAAUCGAUGACGGCUAUGUCGAAUAAUGGCAUUAUCUAUCAAUCUGCAGUACAUGCUUCAAUACAUAGUUUAAAUACAGUACAAAAUCAACGAUCCUCCACAACACAUCAUCAUCAUAUUCUAGCAACAGCGGCAGCAGCAGCAGUUGCUGCUACAACACGUCAAUAUACAACAACAACUGGUUCCGUUCCACCGUCGGCACAAACAAUACCACCGCCACCAACACAUCCGUUGCAAGCAGUUGCAGCAGCGGCAGCAGCUGUAGCAGCUCCGCAAAAUGGUCAUCAUGCUUUAGUUCACCCACAAUAUCAUCAUUCACAACAGCAACAACAGCAUACGCAGCUGCAACAACAUCAUGGUUCCAGUGUUGGAGGACAUCAUCAUCAUCAUCGUCAAAUUUUUAGUCAUAUGCAAAGUGCACUCUUACCCUUGAAUGUCAAACCGAAACCGAAUAAAAAAAACGCCCCAACAAGUAACAAUGCAAAUGCAACAAGUACAACAGUUGCAAAAUUUUCAAAUACAACGACAGGAGCAGCAAGGACAAAAACUACUACUACAACAUUUGAAUCAAUGCAACAGCAGCAACAUCAGCAACAACAACAUCAACAUCAGCAACAAAUCCAAUUGCAGCAACCACAACAACAGCAACAGUUAACUAACAACAUAAUAUUGUUACGUGGCUCACGCAAUGAAAAUGGGCAAAUAGUUAUACAAAAUAAGCAUGACAUUAUAAGUUUUUUAAAUGAGCAACAACAGCAACAACAACAACAGCAACAAUUGCAGCAACAAAGAAAUGAGAAAGCAGCUGUCGCUACGUUAACCCAGUUACCAACAACAACAACUGUUGCACGUAAAUCGAUACAUCAAGCAACAACAUCGACACCAAGUAUUUCUCUUGUACAAAAUGUCAACAAAGAAGCAAAUUCAAAUACAAUUGUGGGCAGCAUUGGUACUAGUGGGUCAAAUACCAUACUUCUACAGACACCCAUAAAUGCUAGUCAAUUGGAAACGGUGCUCUUGCAGACGGCACAUUUAAAGAAAUCAACAUCCGCAACAAUAACACCAACAACCGUGACGUCAGCCGCAAAUGAGCGUCCAUUUCUUAUUAAAAGUUCUUCGCGCAGUCUAAGUACUGACAGUAAUCGCCAAAGCCAUGGCGAUAGUAAAGGACCUUUUGUGCUACAAACACUUAAACGUUUAGAGAAAUCACAAUCUAUUUUGGUUAUACGUAAUUCUUCCUCAAGUUCAAACUCUUCAACCUCGUUUACGUCGUCCAAUACCGCAAACACCUCAUUUACUUCAAAUGUAAGAACUGCAAGAAAAUCUACAUCACCUCCAACUCUAUCAUCAACUACAGCUACAUUGUCACAAUCAUCUCUAGCGUCAACAUCAUCGUCAACAUCGUCGUCGUCAUCUUCAUCUUCUUUAUCUUCCUUGUCGACAACACCGACGACAGCAAGUGUCAGCACAAAUACACAAACGGGCGCCUUAACUUUCACACGUGCUGUUAAGGGUGGUCAACAGACAACGAAAUUGAGCAACAUCAUUGCUGGCAAUCGUGCAACAUUGGCUGCAGUCGCUUCCGCUACACAAUCACAGACAACAUCACAAUCACAAUUGCAAUCUUAUGCGCCUUCAUCUCUUACGAAUGUAAUAACAAAAUCGCUUACUUCUUCAUCUUCUGCUGCAGCAACACCAGCAACAGCUACAGCAAUUGCAACACCAGCAACAACAACAUUUCUACGCUUAGGCAAUGCAACAACAGCUACAUUAUUUACGAACAAUAAAAAUGUAAACAACAACAAAAACCAUAAUUCUAAUGUUGUUGCUGGCGCUGUAAGCAAUAACUUUAUUAGUAAUAGCAAUAGCAAUGGUAACAAUAUUAACAACAACAACAGCAGCAAUGCCAGAAAUACCAACAAUAAUAAUGGCAAUGGUAAACAAAAUAUUCUCAAUGGAGUCACAGAAACUCAAUUGAGUUUGGCUGAUAUCCAGCAAAAGCAUGAACGUCCAACGUCAAUAGUUACAACAAUUCCAUCAACAACAUCAUCAACAAUGCCAGCAAUAGCAACAACUUCCUCAAAUCAACAUGCCGGUAAUAUGCAAGUCCAACAACAGCAAAUUAAUGUACCCCUAGGGAACGGAUUUUUUCUAGUUGGAAUUUGCAGUUUGACUGAAACUCCAACUAGAACGCAUAGGUGA